GUAGACAAAACGGUGAUAAAACUAAUCGUAACAGGCCGUUUUGGCCAAAUCACAUGAAAAUGAUUCUCUGAUACUCCACACAGAGCCGUUUACUUCCCCAGCGUUUCUCUCAUCUUUACAAAUACUUGUUUUUUUUUUUUUUUUUUAAUGUGAAGUUGGGAACUUACUGCAAGCUUGCUCUGGUAUUCAAAGUGUUUGAUUCAUUGUUACAACCUCCUGACAGUGAAUAGGACUAAAGAUGGAGCUGAAUAACAUUAAGGAUGCAUUUGAUCGCGUUGCAAAGAAACAAAAGCUGUCCUGUUCUAAAACCCAAGAAGUGAUUGAAAAGCUUAUCCAAGAAAUAGGAAAGGAAUUAGAGACAAUAAAGACAUCCUCACAACUAGAUGAUCGGCAUGUCCUCACUGAGCUAAAGAAAAAUUUGCAAGAACUUGCUCCCCUCAGUCAACUGGAAGGCACACAGAAGGAACUGAACAUAGCACUGAGCAAGUACGUGAAAGUUUUGGAGAAAUCCUUGAAUCCAGAUAUAUCCAAGGCUUACAGGAAUGUUGAAUUUGAUAGUGAGACAGUUGACCAUAUAAUUGCAAACCAUUUCUAUCGACAGGGUUUUUUUGACGUGGGUGACUGCUUCAUAAGUGAGUCCAAGGAAUCGGAAAAUGCUGCUGCUAUGAAAUCCACUUUCCAGGAAUUGUAUGAGAUCCUUGAAGCAAUGAGGAGUCGGAGCCUUGAGCCAGCACUAAAAUGGGCUGCUGCAAAUUCUGAUAAGCUGAAAGAGAAUGGAUCAGACCUUCAGCUUAAACUUCACAGCUUGCAGUUUGUGGAAAUAUUACGAGGUGGAAGCAGAGAUGAAGCUCUCAAGUAUGCUAGAGCCUUUCUGGCUCCUUUUGCUUCAAACCGUGUGAGUGUGAUCCAGAAGCUGAUGGUCUGCCUCAUCUGGGCUAGAAAGCUGGACAGUUGCCCAUACCCACAAUUGUUAUCUCCAAGCAAUUGGUUCAUAGUGGCAGAGGAGCUAACUAGGCAAUUCUGCAAUCUUGUUGGACAAUCGUACGAUAGCCCAUUGAGUGUGACAAUAGGCGCAGGGGUUCAAGCUUUGCCACCACUUCUGAAGUUUAUGAGUGUGAUGGCAGGGAAGAGGCAAGAAUGGCAAUCAAUGAAGCAGUUGCCUGUACCAGUGGAAUUGGAUAAGGAGUUUCAGUUCCAUUCCAUAUUUGUAUGUCCGGUGUCAAAGGAGCAAUCAACAGAAGAUAACCCACCAAUGAUGAUGUCUUGCGGGCACGUGCUUUGCAGGCGGUCUAUUAACAAGAUGUCAAAGAACAACUCAAGACCGUUUAAGUGCCCGUAUUGCCCAUCAGAGAUCGAACCUCAACUGUGUAUGCAGUUGUAUCUCUAAAGAAUCCCCAAAUAUGUACACACUGGGUUUGUAUUAUCUCACCAUCUCGAACAUGCUUGUAGUUUGGAAGGAACUUGUGUUGACUUGUGUGACGAUGACACAAGUUGGUCUGUUUUACGCUGUUAAUUUAUGCAAUUUGUUGUAAAAAUAGAAAUUCUUUCUGUAAAUUCAUUCUUGUGAGAUUGCAUUGC